CGUUCACGCCGCACCAAUUGCCUUCUCGACCCGGGGAGUUACACACACGAGAUCGACGAAGCAGCACGCGGUGCUCUUUCUUCGUUUGAUGGAGAGCUGGGCUUCGAGGGGCUAGCGUUUCACUGGGAAUUCCCUCGCCCGUCCGGUCCGCUCUGAUCUCGCGGCGCACACUUGUCGAAAUCCGAGACACUGCGCUGAGGUUCUCGAAGAUAGCGAGUCGACCAUUUCCCGGCUGGGCGCGCAGAUUGGAUGUGACGUCAGAGCCACGCUUUCGACUAUGCUUCGGUAGCUUCGGGAUAGUAGCGGCAAUAUGCAGCAGUACUGCCUCGUCAUCCUUGCUGUGAUCGCAUGUGCGUCAGCUAGCACGGUGCAAGACGCCAAUGCCUAUAUGGAUUUAGUUCUUGAGCAACAUAUGCCACGCUUAGUCAUGGGAAACCACGACCUCUUUCCCGGGGCUCGGAUUCCAGACUUCCACUUCAAGAUACUGAAGACGGGGAUCACCAACCGGGAUCUGAAGGCUAACAUAACCGAUGGUUGGAUCCAUGGAUUCGACACUGGCGUCCACCGUUUGGGCAACUGCGAGCAGCCUAUUCUGCUCAGCGGAAACACUACCGUCAACUGCGUGCUCAACAUGACGGGCAUCGGGGCAACUUUGACUGCGACGACCAAGGGAGACAGUUUGGUGGGCACCAUAAAGACCAUCUGGGUCAAUGUGACGCUUAAGAAGGAGACCGUGCUGAGGGUGGCCGUCACCGCGCAGCACCCAAAGUCGGCGUCCCUGAUGACUUUCUUCAUGGAGCGCCUCAAACUGAAGACCAAGUAUGACGACCAUCUGAGUCUCAACGAUGAUCGCGAAGAGCAAUUCGAAGAGCUGAUCGAGGAGAAGGUCAGAGACAUACUCAUCUCUGCCAUCUACAACCCAUACAAGGCCAUGUUCGAAACAGCCGUCCAUAUGGCCACGCCAGCCUUCCCACGCGCGUGAACGAGUGGAGUUUAGCGGUUCGUGCUACGCGACAUACGCCACACUAUAGCUAUGCACGUUUUGAAUAGCCUCGCGGACUCGUUGUGAAUAAUAUGGAGUAAUAAAAGAGAACCUACAUUUAACA